UAUUUUCUUUAAAUCUAAAGCAAAGUUGCAUUAGUCUUUUUCACACCCACAAUGUUUCUUCUAGCAGCAGGUCUGGUCUAGCUAGGAUAAGCCCUAGUUACUAAAGCACGAGAGCACUUGUCACUCUGGCUGCUCAGAUAAUGCUGCAUUUCAACUCAGUGGUUUGGUUUCUGCAAACAGAUAUUCAGCCGUGGAUGGAGACAUAGCUGUAUUUAACUCAGCCUUUUGUGUUUGUGAGGGUGUAUCUAGAGUUUACCUUUUCAAACAAAAUAUUUUUGGGCUUUAAAACAUUUUUAUUUAUUUUUUGACACUGUUGAAUUUUUUUUGAUUUUGUAUGACUUAUUAUGAAGAAAAGCUGUGGCCGUACACUCAUUUUUUCCUGUGCCUAAUAGUGGCCAUCUACGUGGAGUCAUAAGUUGUAACAGGGAAAAUUGUUGAAUAAUCACAACAAACAAAACAUUAAUACCUUAGAACCAAAAGCAAAGACUGAAAAACAGCAAAGGCACCAACAUAUGAAAAGAACAAACGGCGUUAAGAUGGAGACCAAACAAAGAGGAAAGUUCUCCUCUUUAGACAAACGAGAAGCCAAGAAGGUGCUUGAGAGGUACGUGAAACGAAGCUUAAGCAACUCUUCUGAAAAGACUGGAUACAAAGGAACUGUAAAAAGGCAGAAAGAAGUUCAGAGAUCUGCUAGUGAUUUAUCCAGACCUGGCACACUGAGUGUCAUAAUGAAGGAAAGCAAACUUGCACAACGAAUGCCUGAACGUAAAGAAGCACAGACUGAAGAAAGUUUAAAAAUAAUAAGCACGACUGAUGAAGAAGUAAAUCCAGACCUGGUCAAAAGCACAGACAAUGCAGACGCUUCACAAAAUGUCAAAAAGCAGUCUUGGUUUAAGAACUUUUUUGGUUCAUUAUUUAAAAAGAAAGACGAUAAAAAAGAAGAGAGGACUACGAGCUGUGUGCCUGAAGAUAAUGCAACUAUUUCCUCUGAGCCUGUCCAUCCUCAGCCACCCAAAAAAACCAUUGGAAGGAAAAAUAGCAUCAGAAAAGCAUUUUCUUUUAAAAAGAAAGCUGCUGAAGAAGUUAAUGUAAGCCAGGCAGAAGCAGAUUGUGAGUCCAACAGUAAACCAAAGAAACCCACAGUCCUUCAAUUGCAGCACAUCUGCAGGCCAUCUUCUUUCAGAGGAAGUAAAAAGAAGAAAGAUCACUUUUAUGAUAAAGUGACGAAUGAGAUUGAACAAAUUGUUAAAGAAAGCGACAACCUGGCUGCACAUACAAGAAAGGAGAGUUUGGGGGAUGAAUUAACUAGCGAGGAAGCAGAGGAUCCUGAUGUCCUAAUUAAAAAGAUAGUCUCCAUUUUAAGGAAAGAAGGAGAUAAACUGAAUAAGAAGGUUAAAGAAGAUCCCACGCUCUCUUCCUUCUUUAGAGAAAUUUCCUAUAACUCUUUCAAGAACCUCGCAGACGUUUACGUUGACAAGGAAGUGAAAAACAAAGUCUCCGAUGUGAUGCCAGAAGACAUACAAUUUGCAUAUUCUGUUGACUUCACAGCUAAGGUGGCCUGUAUUUCCAGUCAUCCUGUAAAUCGAAUCAUGGGCUUUGGGAGCCGGUAUCUUCAAGAUACGUUUCCAUGUCCUUCAUACAAAAGAAGACCAUGGAGUAACAGUGUGGAUCAAGAUGACGUCAUCAGUCCAGACUAAAAAGACUGACAUCACAUUUUACACAUCAAAAGAACUACACCAAGUUGUAACACUACACUUCAAUCUGUAGCACAAGAUGCUUGGACUGACUUCUCUUUACACCAACUGUGACUCCAGUUUGCACCAAACGCAUGAAAAAUGUGGAAUACUCUGCAGAUCAAUUAUAUCUUAGUUAGGAUGAAGUACUUUUGUGCUGUUAAAUGUUUAAAUGCUCAUGAGCCAAUGUGCGGCCUAUAACCCAGGAGCCCUAAUUGUGAAACAUAAGAACUUCUUCAUUUCUGCUCAACCAAAUGUGAAAGGCUUAUCCUGUCUGUUCAUGGCCGGUGGAAAUGGCAAUUUGCAGUGGACAAUAUGUUAGCAAUAAUGUUGUUGGUUCUGUAAUGUUUUAUAUUUUGUUGUGUGUUGCACGAAUGCUAACUUUUCAUUAGUUACAUUUCGGCAAUUAUACAAAACGUGACUUUUCCAGCUGGCUACACUGGAAUUUCAACUGUGUAAGGAGCCACUACAGGAUCAUCCGGAAUGAUCACAUGUGGUGCAGAUACAUUCAAUUUGUAAAAUUAACAUGGAAAAUGUUGUUUAUUAAUGUAUUGGAAUAACCUGGAAAUAUAUAUAUAGUAAUUCAUAUGUUUGCCCUAUGGGCCAUUUCAUUAGAUGACAACAAUUGAGCAUGUGAGAUGUCUGGUUUACAUAACAAUUAGAGGGACAGUGGCACAAUUUUGGAAUUUAAAUGUCUCAGCUGCAUAGUUGCUUUUAUUUUUGUUCUCGCUGGUGUUUGUGAAAAACACCUGCAAAUAAGGAUCAAUUUCUACUACUUUCUUCAAAUGGCAGUGUGUCCCAUGUGUCUUUGCACUUUAAACAUUUCACUGCAUUUCUUCAUUUAUUAUUCUGAAAAAUUAUUUUGAUUGAUAACUCAUACCCAGGGUCCAGAUUGUGGGGUCUGCUGUACAGAAAUCCCUCCUCCCCAGUCACUUUCCACCCCGAAACUUUGCGUACAUGCUGCAGCGAGUAGUCAGGCAUGAGCAGGGGAGAGUCAGGGGUUGCUGUGGGUGCCAGACUCCUCCAAAUAUUAUGUGGCAGUCCCAGGGAUGGAUAGUUACACCAUUGCUCAAACUGCUAUAUUACAUGGACUUUGUUUUCUUAAUAUACCUCUGAUUUUAAAAAUAAAAAAAAAUACUACAUGCUGUGACUUUA